AUGCCACCAAAAGGCAAUGGAGUUUCCGGUCCAGUCGCACAGAGCGUCCCUCCGGUGGACAUGAGCGACCAGAUCGACAGGAUGUGUCGCCUGGUGGAAGCGAGCCAGCAGCGGUCCGACGAAGCAAUCAAGACAUUGGCCGAAGCCCAAGCUAGGCUCGAAGCCGAGAUUGCUGAGCUGCACAGAUCCGCUGACACAACACGCAACACCCAAGCCCACAACAAUCUUGAUUCUGGCAGAUCUGAAGUUCCAAUCGACCGCGUUAAUUCCCCUCAUCAAAACAUGAACCUAGGUAACGAAAGAUCCCAAGGCAUCCCGCCAUCCUCCGGGGCCGAAGAGCGACGAGCCCCAACCUUUGACACGCAUGGGCAGACGGAAGCAGAACCCACCAGAUCCGCUCAGCCAGCAGCCGAAAUCCAGCCUCAACGCACCACACCUCAAGCCACGCACGAUUCUCCCUCUGAAGCUCGUGUUCCCUCGAUCCGGUUCUUAGACAGUUGGAAAGAAGACAUAAUGAGGGAAAUGAUGCAGAAGUUCUCAAAUGGGCGAUCAGCCUACACUACCGAGCAUUUGGAUCUAGUAUCAAGAACCACUGAGAAAUCGCCUUUCUCGGAAUGGAUUCAGAAUGAGCCAAAGCCUCGAGACUUCAUCAUCCCUUCCCUGCCUGCGUUCAAUGGAAAUGGAGAUCCGCUAAACCAUUUAUUCCAAUUUCAACAGAAGAUGGCAUUAGAAGCUAAUAACAAAGCUAUUCAGUGCAAAGUCUUUUCAACGACUUUCUCCGGGCCAGCUCUGUUAUGGUUCCGACAAUUAAAGCCCGGGUCACUCAACAGUUUUAGUGAUCUCCGACAGACCUUUUUACAACAAUACAGUGCGAACCGAGAGGCACCUAGAACAAUGGCUGAUCUCUAUCGGAUUGAACAGGUGGAGAAUGAACAUCCGAAAGCAUACUUACAGCGUUUCAUUGACCUCGUGCAUCAAAUCCACGACCUCGAUCCAAUCACCGUAGCAAAUCUCUUCGUCAAAAGCUUGCAGGUGGGAUAUCUUUUACGUGAGAAUCUCACCAUGACGCCACCAUACGACAUGGCAGACAUGCAGACCCGAGCCAAGGGCGUCUUCAAGGUCUUGGAAUUUCGAGAACGCACACAGAAGAAGUCUGCACUCAUCUCUGCUCCACCAACAAAUAAUCCUCCGCCACCUGCUUGGGAUGACAAGAGGAAGCAGAACCAAACAGAUCACACGAAGGAAGGAAAAAGGCCAAGACAGGAUAGACAGUCAUCACGAUACCCGUCCUUCGAAUACACCGUCCCGCAAGAAGUCAUUUAUGAAGAAAAUAAAGAUAGACCUAUCUGGCGAGAGCCCUACAAAAUUACCACUCCUUCUGCCAGAAGGGAUAAAAGCAGAUACUGUCUCUUCCACAAAGAUCACAGUCAUACGAUCGCUGAAUGCCACAACUUGAACAAUCAGAUCCAAGCCCUCAUGAGGAGUGGGAGGCUUACCCAAUACAUCAAGGAGACGGGCAGACCCGGCACCUCGCGGCAUAAUCCCGCUUCUGCCCCCGCUCCACAAGCGUUAGACCCCGUGCACGCAGCCUCUGACAGCACCCAGGAGCCUCUUAAGCAAGUCCCUAUGAUCCACGGGAUCGUAGAACUCACUGACAAUCAAGAGCAUAUCACCAAAAUCCAGAAAAGGAUGGAAGAACGAGUGAAGCAUUACAAAUCAUUAGGCCACACGGUCAAUCUUGUCACCUCAGAAGACAUAAGUUAUCCAACCUCUGCAAUCACCUUCACCGACGAUGACCUGAAGGGCAUACACCUACCCCAUGAUGAUCCACUCAUCAUUUCCCUACAAGUUGACCAUUGCCAGCUGGGCAGGGUCCUAAUCGAUGGAGGUAGUGGGGUCGACAUCCUCUUCUGGGAAGCCUUCCAGAAAAUGGGGCUAGAGGAGAGUCAAAUCCGGCCCUCCACCACACCCAUUUUGGGAUUCAAUAGCCAAAGAGUAUAUCCGAAAGGCGUCAUCCGAUUGGCCGCGGUGGCCGCGGAACGCGCCCUGCCAAUAGAUUUUCUCAUUAUAGAUUCCACCACGAGCUACAACGCCAUCAUGGGGAGAAAUUGGAUCCACCGGAUGCAGGGGGUAGUCUCUACUCUACAUCAAGUGAUGCAGUGUCAAUCACCCAACGGGCGCCACACCGUCGACAUCAAGGGCUGCCAGAAGCAGGCCAGAAAGUGCUUCCUUACCCUGAAAGAAAUAAAUAGCUCUGGCAUUGCUUCCCAUAACAACUCCCAUGACAAAUUGAAAUUACAGCAGGACUUACCAGCAUGCCUAAAAGGAAUCGAUCUAGAGGAAGACCAAGAAAAACCCCUAGUUACGCUAGAUACCUUAGAACAAGUGGGUCUAGACGACGAUGACCCCUCUAAGAUAGUGCUGGUAAGUACCAAGCUCUCUGAAGAAGAAAGACAGACCCUCAUACGAUUUCUCAAGACCAGAAUGAGAACUUUCGCCUGGUCUCCAUAUGACAUACCCGGAAUAGACCCCUCCGUCAUGAGUCACAGCCUAAAUAUCUCCAACAACUUCCCACCUAUCAAGCAGAAGUAG